AUGGACGGCAAGGAGCAAGCUGGGCCACUCUUACUGCUGCUGCUUCUGUCAAACCUGUUCCUGUACAAGAACGUGGCUUCCCAGCCCAUCUGUCCCAACGAGGCUAGCUGCCGGGUGUCCCUCCGAGAGCUGUUUGAUCGGGCCAUCAUCCUGUCUCAUUACAUCCACAGCCUCUCUUCUGAAAUUUUCCAGGAAUUUGAUGCGCAGUAUUCCCAGGGCCCAGGGUUCUUUACCCAGGCCAUCAGCGUGUGCCACACUGCAUCCAUCUCCACUCCAGCUGGCAAGGAGCAGGCCCAGCAAAUCCAACAAAAAGACUUUGUCAUUCUGGUCAUCCACUUGCUGGGCUCCUGGACCGAACCUCUGAACCACCUCAUCACAGAAGCCCGUCACCUGCCAAAAUCCCCUGAUGCUCUCAUAGCAAAAGCCAUGGAGAUUCAGGAACAAAACCAGCGACUUCUAGAAGGCCUGAAGAAGAUAGGCAAGCUGGUUGAUCCUGAAAUCAUAGACAAUGGGAACUAUGCUGUCUGGUUGGGACUUCCCUCCCUGCAAUCAAACGAUUUGGAAUCACUUCUGCUUGCUUAUCAUAACCUGUUCCGCUGCCUGCGCAGGGAUACACAUAAGGUCGACAAUUAUCUCAAGUUCCUGAAGUGCAAAAUCGCCUACGAUGGCAGCUGCUAA